AUGCUUGUUGCUCUUACUACUGAUAUGUCUGCCUAUGAUACUGAUCAUGAAGAAGACAAGAAUGAUGGAUGGGGUCUGAGCCUUUACAACGACAACAAGGGCAUCAAGAUGACCAUUCUCUUUACUCCCCUUCCUGCACCUCUUGCACCAGGGAAGAAGCGCCAUGUGAACAUCAGCAACGAGAAAGACUAUAAGCAAAUGGUGGACAAAGCUACAAGUAAGUCACCCUUCGAGGUAAAGCUAUUCAUCAUUGAGAACAAGACUGGAAAUGGAGAAGACGAUCCUGAGGAGGAUGCAGAGCAUGAAGAAGCUGUGGGAUCAAGGAAAAUGUAA